AUGGUCAAGGGUGAUAAAUGCCGGGACGUGGCGUCGAGGAACGACAUCAGCUGGACGCAGGUCGUGACCUGGAACCCUGAGCUCGGUCAAGCUUGCGAAUACAUCGACAACUUUGCAUCUAGGGGCUACAUCCUCUGCGCCUCGAAUCCCGGUGGUUCUUGGGUUCACCCGUUCCCCGAGGACGAGGUCGACAUGCCUUCGCCCAAAACAACCGCGAUCCACCCCAAGCCAACCGUGGAGUUUGAGACUUUUGAAGCCAUGCCGAGCCCAACGCGGGCAGAUUUACUUCCUAACUUGGGCGUGCUGAAUCCCCUUGCGAACGGAACACGUAAGGACUGCGCAAACUACGCAGAAGCGCCGAUUGAGCUGAAUGCUACGUUGACGUACGACUGCGAGGACGUUGCUGCGAUCUACGAUGUCAGCUUGGAUGAUCUCAAGGAGUGGAACCCGGAUCUUGCGAUCACCGCUGGCAUUGACAGCGAGUGCGAGCUCCAGGGCGGAUACCGCUACUGCGUGUCGCCCGACGAGCGACGAUGGCCGGAUAUGACCGAGUACUGCGUACGAGAGACCGUUGCUGAGCCCGGCUGGAGUUGCGCGGACUACGCGUUCUGGUUUGGGGUCAAUGUGACGCACCUCAACGAGUGGAAUCCGGAUAUUGGGACAGAAUGCGAGAACUUUCACACAGGUUCCGGAGUCGUCAAGAACUACGACUAUUGCGUUGCCAUUCCCUCUUGGUCGCCGCCGGCGUAA